AUCGAUUCUUUUCUAUGGAAUACUGCUUCGUGUUGGUCUUGCUUCUGCUGAGUCAUUUAGGGCAAUCUUCCCAGAUUGCUCCACCGUUGUACAGUUACGAUGACUACGACAGGUGCCGCCAAGGGGACCACUCCGGAACUUACUGCUUCGUUAAGGUUGUCUAUAAGGAGGAUCACGAUCCAUUUGACACGCCGCGGAUUGUGACCGGAUUUCGACGCAAUUUGCUAGACUGGGGAAUUUGCGUAGCGGAUUGCGAUCGCGAAUUGACGGAGCUAUCUGUUGCGAAUCGACAACGGUUGUACCAGCCAAAGUUUCCAAUCAACUUCACGUACAUCCUACCACCGAAUCUUUGGAAAGAGUACCUGGAACCUUUCAAAACUCGCUAUGGUGAAAUGAUCAAUAUUUGCGUAAAUAAUCGCCUGGAACGGAAACACAUCUUUGACCGUAAGGCAUACUCCGAAAUCGAGUACUGCACCUCAAAAGACGAGCUGGGAGUGUCAGCACAGGCUCCAGACUGGCUAAUGUUUGCGUUCUACACAACCGUUCUAACGUUGCUCGGUCUAUUGAUGGGUGCCAACGUACUUGACUCGAUGAGCCGCUCAAAGUUCAAAGACCACAUCAUUGUGUCAUCGUUCUCGGUGCGACGCAACUGGCAUCGGCUGACGGAACAGCCAAAGGGUGCGCUGUACCAGGAGUUUGGAUACAUCGACGGACUUCGGGUGUUAACAUGUGUGCUCGUUCUGGACAUACACUGUUUACUAGCUGGCGGGAUUGUUCCGAUGGAGAAUACUGAGUAUGCUGAACGAUUGCUGGAGAGCGCUUUUCUUAUAGACUACAUCACGGCAUCGAUCGUGGCGAUCCAAGUAUUCUUCGUCAUUGGGGGACUUUUGUUGUCGGUCACUGUUAUGGACGACUUGGGAGGAAAAUCGCAUUUUGAGAGAGGUUACUUUAAAACAAGGAUCUUAAAUCGGUUGAUCAGAAUUAUUCCGGUUUACUUCUUCUUCCUACUGAUAUCCGUCGUGGGCGAUGACUUCCCAGGAGUCCAGGUUGGUGCUGUAGGGUAUAAAUCGCUGAUCCAGGAACGAGCAAUUUGCCGGAAGAAGUGGUGGACUAAUGUACUGUUUAUAGAUAAUCUUCCCGUGUUUGGUGACGAACACUGCAGCUCUCAGGGAUGGUACUUGGCGGCGGAUCUUCAGCUGUUCCUCGCCACUCUAGUGCUAUUGGCAGUGAUUUGUAAAUAUCCAAAGCGAGCUUAUAUCGUUCUCUGGAUAAGCGGGGUCGUUGGAAUAGCAAUUCCUGCAGCAAUUGUGUACUUUUUGGGACUGGAAUCAAGCUUACCUGUGAAAUUGAGUGACGUACAGUUCAUGUUUAUGCAUCAACCAUGGCAUAAGUUUGUGUACAUGCCGGGAUACUCCAACUGGGACAGCUACAUGGCCGGCGUGGUCGUCGGAUAUCUGUACCACCAACACAAACACAACAAGCUGAAUCUUGACGAUUCCUGGCUAUACAAAACGGCAAAGAAAGCUCGACUUCCCCUGCUAGCCCUGGCGUACCUCCCAACGUUCAUCUUCUACCGCUACGAGAUUCCUCGCCCCUCCUGGCUAACCACAACGCACGCCGUCCUGUACCGAAACGCCGGCGUCAUUGCCGUUUCCAUCACCUUCAUCGAGUGCUUCCGUAAUCCCCCGGGUCGCGUUCGCCAAUUUCUAACCUCCAGCCCGAUGAUCAGCCUGGGCAAGCUGUCCUACAGUGUUUACGUGCUGCACGUGCCCGUGACGCGGCUCGUGCUGAACUGGUUCCCGCCCAUGAUCGAGCUGAGCCUGCGCGACGGUCUUUGGAUGUUGCCCUCGCUUGCGGUCGUCUCUUACCUGGCGGCGGUUCUCGUGUACAUCUGCAUCGAGCUACCGGCUAGUUUGGUGUUGAAACACUACAUUUUGAGAGUGCGUAAGAGAAAUGUCGAAUAA